CACCGCCGCGUGCGGCCCCGUCAUCUCGAGAUGCAUCAGCGCAUCCUCCCACAGCUCGGAGCUGUGGCUGGCCUUUUGGUUGGGCUGGGCCUCGCUGAGCCAUAUACUCCGAAACACGAAGCUGGACGUUGCGCGUUCCGCGGCCAUUGCGGCAAGCAGAGCCUCUUUGGCAAAGAGCUCCCAUGCGUCGACAACGACGUAGCUCAAGACCCCGAAGAAGAGCUUCGCAAUGAGCUUGUCGAGCUUUGUGGCGAAAAAUGGAGGACUGGACCCGUGUGCUGUAGCCUGGAACAAGUCCAAUCACUCAAGUCCGAACUCGGCACACCAGCCACCAUCGUCGGAUCCUGUCCCGCGUGCAAAGAAAACUUCUUUAACCUAUUCUGUACCUUUACCUGCUCUCCCGAUCAAUCAUUGUUCAUCAAUGUCACCGACUCGGCCGAAAAGAACGGCAAGCACCUCGUGACGGAGCUCGACCAGCUCGUGUCCGAGGAAUAUGGCUCUGGCUUCUAUGACAGCUGCAAGGAAGUCAAGUUUGGCGGCGCCAACAGCAGGGCCAUGGACCUGAUUGGCGGCGGUGCCAAGAACUAUACCCAGAUGCUCAAGUUCCUUGGUGACAAGAAGCCUUUUGUCGGCUCUCCCUUCCAGAUCAACUAUCCCACAGAGUAUAGCGACCCGGAAAUGCACCCCUUGGAUAUGAAGCCAAAGAAGUGCAACGACGAAGACCCCGCCUAUCGCUGCGUCUGCGUUGACUGCCCCGAGGUGUGUCCAGAGCUCCCAGCUGUUAAGGACUCCAAGUCUUGUCAUGUGGGCCUCCUGCCUUGUCUAUCAUUCGCAUCCAUCUUUAUCUACAGCGUCCUUUUGUUUGCUCUACUUGCGUCGAUCUUUGGUCAUGUCGCCUGGAAGAGGUAUGCGCAACGGCAAGUUGAGAGGACGCGUCUGUUGCAUGAAUCUUCGCAUAGCGAUGACGAGGAUGAGGGCGGUCCGGUUCAGACGGAAGCUAUGCGCGACCGUCCGACCAAGCGGUAUUGGGUUAACGACAAAUGCGACAAGGCAUUUUACCAGCUUGGUCACGCUGCGGCUCGCUUCCCAGGCCUCAGUAUUGGACUGAGCCUGCUCGUCGUGGCCAUCCUUAGUGCUGGGUUGUUCCGCUUCGAUCUUGAGAGGGAGCCUGCUCGACUCUGGGUCAGCCCAUCUUCUGCUGCCGCUCAGGAGAAGGCCUACUUCGACUCCAACUUUGGCCCCUUUUACCGGGCCGAAAAGGUGUUCCUGGUCAACGAUACCAACCCCUCCGGACCUGGCCCCGUUCUCAGCUAUGAGACUCUCAAGUGGUGGAUGGAUGUUGAAAAGAGCAUUGAGAAGCUCGAAAGCCCUACAUAUGGCAAGUUCCUGAAGGACCUGUGCUACAAGCCCACUGGCAAUGCCUGCGUUGUUCAAUCUCCUACGGCCUACUGGUACUCCAAGGGUGGAUUUGACCAGAAGCACUGGGAGGAGGAUCUUCGAUCGUGCGCCAAGACUCCCGUGGACUGUCGACCAGAGUUUGGCCAACCCAUCGAACCCAACAUGAUCUUUGGCGGUUACGAUGAUGACGUGUUGGAAGCCAAAGCCAUCACCGUUACUUGGGUGGUCAACAACGCCCAAGAAGGAACCGAUGCUCUCGCACGCGCCGUGGACUGGGAGAAUGCCCUGCGUGACCGACUUCUUGAAGUUCAGGAGGAGGCCAAAGAGCGAGGCCUUCGUCUGUCCUUCAACACCGAGAUCAGCUUGGAACAGGAGCUUAACAAGUCAACCAACACAGACGCCAAGAUCGUCGUCAUCAGUUACAUUGUCAUGUUUGUCUACGCUUGCAUGGCGCUGGGCACUCCUCUCAAGCACGUCUUCAGAAACCCCGCGGUCCUCCUGGUCGAGUCCAAGAUCACUCUUGGUCUUGUUGGCAUUAUCAUUGUCCUCAUGUCGAUUGCAGCGUCUAUUGGAUUCUUUUCGUGGGUUGGUCUCAAGGCGACCCUCAUUAUCGUUGAGGUCAUUCCGUUCAUCGUCCUUGCUGUGGGUGUUGACAAUAUCUUCCUGAUUGUUCAUGAGCUCGAGAGAGUCAACGUCAGCUGCCCUGAUCAGAUGGUCGAGGAACGAGUCGCCAGAGCUCUUGGUCGCAUGGGUCCUUCUAUUCUGUUCUCUGCUCUCACCGAAACAGUAGCCUUCGCGCUUGGAACAGCCGUGGGCAUGCCGGCGGUCAGAAACUUUGCCGCAUACGCUGCUGGCGCAGUUUUGGUCAACGCUCUGCUUCAGAUGACCAUGUUUGUCUCGUUCCUGUCACUUAACCAGAUGCGGGUUGAGGACCACCGAUGCGAGCUGUGGCCAUGCUGGCAGAUCACUAAGGCUAGGAUCCAUCUCAAUGGCGGCAACGGCUUCGCGCAAGGGGCUAGCCGUGGUUCUGAUAUGGCCGAAGAGAGUUUGCUCCAGGUCUUCAUCAAGAACACAUAUGCCCCUCGACUGCUCGGAAAGAAGGUCAAGGUUGUUGUUGUCACCAUCUUCCUUGGUCUGUUCGCGGCUGGACUCGCUCUUUUGCCGCAGAUCCAGCUUGGUCUUGACCAGCGAGUCGCCAUUCCUGACGGUUCUUACCUGAUCCCCUAUUUCAACGACCUGUAUGACUACCUUGAGACAGGCCCUCCUGUGUACUUUGUGACGCGUGGAGUGGACAUCACCAAGCGUGAGCAGCAACAAGAGGUCUGCUCGAGGUUCACCACCUGCCAGGACCUCUCCCUCACCAACACCCUUGAGCUUGAGCGACAGAGAUCUGACAUUUCUUACAUCUCUGCGCCAACUGCGAGCUGGAUCGAUGACUUCUUCCGUUGGCUUAACCCAAUGUACGAGAAGUGCUGCGUGGAGCAUGGUCAGACAUGCUUCGCUGAUCGCAAGCCAGCAUGGAACACCACGCUUUAUGGAAUGCCCGAAGAUGAAGAGUUUGUUCAUUAUCUCAAGAAAUUCUUGUCGAGCCCGACCAACGACGACUGCCCACUUGCUGGACAAGCACCAUACGGCCAGGCUGUGGUCAUUAACGAGGCGGGAGCGGUGACGGCCAGCCACUUCAGAACGGCUCACACCCCUCUGAGAAGCCAGGAUGACUUUAUUAGUGCCUACACUUCGGCACGCCGCAUCGCUUCAGAGAUUGGAGAGAGAACUGGCGCCGACGUAUUCCCGUACAGCGUCUUUUACAUCUUCUUCGACCAGUACCUCAGCAUUGUGUCCUUGACAGCGGGUCUCCUGUGUGCUGCCGUCGGCAUUAUCUUUGUCGUCGCAUCUGUGCUCCUGGGUUCGCUGCUCACGGCACUGGUGGUCUCUCUCACAGUCGUGAUGAGUGUUGUGGACAUCAUGGGCGCCAUGUCUGUGUUCGGCGUGUCUCUCAAUGCUGUUUCACUGGUGAACCUCAUCAUCUGCGUUGGUAUCUCAGUUGAGUUCUGCGCGCACAUUGCGAGGGCAUUCAUGUUCCCUUCACGAACGGUGAUGGAGGGCAAUAGUAAUUCUUUCCGCGGUCGUGACGCCCGAGCCUGGACGGCCCUUGUUAACGUUGGUGGCUCUGUCUUCUCCGGCAUCACUGUCACCAAACUCCUGGGUGUGUGUGUUCUUGCCUUUACCCGAUCAAAGAUCUUUGAGAUCUACUACUUCCGAGUCUGGCUUGCUCUCGUCGUCUUCGCUGCUCUUCACGCUUUGGUCUUCCUUCCAGUCGCACUCAGUAUCGCUGGUGGUAAGGGAUACGUCGACCCUGAAAGCGAGGGAACGGCAGCCCAAGACUUGACCGAUAGAAGGUGGCGAGCUAUUAGGAUUAACGACAAUAGUGACUCAGAUGAUGAGUAUUAGAACUACUGGCGAUGGUCUGUACUCAGGUUGUACGCACCUGGGGGAGCAAGAAGGCCGGCCCGUGAUAAGGAAGAGGGUUCAAAUUCAAACAGCGCAUUAUCCACGAUAUUGGAAGAAGAAUCAGGAGAAAAUGAAGAUAACAGGGAGGGAAGAAGACACCAGGCGGAAGCAUCAACAGUGUCAGCGAGGGUCACACCACAACCGGUCGUUACAGAGGAGACUCCUUUGCU